UGCGCGCGGCGGCUCGGCGGCGGUGGCAGCCCGGACUCCCUCCAGCCGCCGCUCCCAGCCCCGGCUCCCCGGUCCCUAGACGCCUCUGCCCGCGCGGGUCCUCUCCCUAUGGAUGCAUUUCAGACCGGACAGAUGCUGAGCCUGCUCGCAGAGCUCGGCAGCAACAACUUAGAGCUGGCGGAGCGGAAGGAACCGGCGGCAGCGGAGGCCAGCGUAGACUCUGGCCCCCACCCAGAGGCGGCUACCGAAGGCUCCGCACCUCCGUCGACGCGGGAGCCCGAGCGCGAGCAGCCCCUGCGGGCCUCGACGCCGACGCCGGAGUGCAAAGUCCUGCUCACAAAGGCCGACGCCCUGGCGUCCGGGGGGCGCCUGCGGGAAGCCCUCGAGGUGUACCGACAGCUCUCGGAGAGGCAGCAGCUGGUGGCAGAGCAGCUGGAGCAGCUGGUGCGCUGCUUGGCGGAGAACGUCCGGCCGGGCAAGGCGCCGGCGCCCGCGGACAGGAGCAGCGCGGCCAGCCGCGCGGCGGCGGCGGAAGAGGCUGGGGCGGCCACGGCCGCUGAGGCCACCGAGGUGUGGGACGGCUUCAAGUGCCGGAAGUGCCACGGGUUUCUCUCAGACCCCGUGUCCUUGUCUUGCGGCCACACCUUUUGCAAACUGUGCCUGGAACGCGGGCGGGCGGCCGACCGUCGCUGCGCGCUGUGCGGGGUCAAGCUCUCCGCGUUGAUGGUGGCCCCGGGGGAUGGCCGGGCGUCGCUGUUCAAGGGCAACGUGGACAGACCCCGGACUCCGGCUGGCGCUCGAGCUCCCCCAGGGAGCAGUUCCCCCAUUCCACCCCCCGCACACCCACACGUCUGGACCCAGGAAGUGACCGCCGAGCCACUGGUCGCUCCAAAUGACCAUUUGCUUUAUAGCAACCGGUCUCAAAUUUAUUUCACCUUGGAGUCUCACGAGGACGCACUACAUGAUGCAGAAAUAGCAUGUAAGCUCCGCCCAAUGGGUUUCAAGGCACACUUCAGAAAAGCACAAGCCUUAGCCACCCUGGGCAAGGUGGAGGAAGCACUAAGGGAGUUUCUCUAUUGUGUAUCUCUCGAUGGAAAGAACAAGAGAGCAAGAGCUGAAGCCCAAAAGGAAAAUCUGGCACUCCCACAUUGUUCUGGUCAGGAUGAGGCAGCAGCCAGGGGAGAAUGCAACUCCCUGGUGAACCCAGCUAAAGGAAAGGUGGAUGGACAAGAAAGCAAUAGGAAAGACCGAGAAGAGGAGGAGGAGAAGCAGGACACUGCCUGUUCAGAAACGGCCUCCAUGAAGACUGGCAAAUGCCAGGAAAAGAAAAGAAAGCAUUGUCAGCUUGAGUCCCAAGACCCAGAGGGGCCUAAUAAAGUCUCUAAGCAAGAUCCUCCCGCUGGUCAGGAGGCCAAACCUGCACUCCCUGUUCCACUCACAUCUUUUGAUGCCUCUGACCUUGAAUGCUCCCUGUGUAUGAGAUUAUUCUAUGAGCCAGUCACAACACCUUGUGGGCACACAUUUUGCUUAAAAUGCCUUGAAAGAUGCCUGGAUCACAACGCCAAGUGUCCACUGUGCAAAGAUGGCCUUUCACAGUGCUUGGCAUCAAGAAAAUACAGCAAAAAUGUAAUCAUGGAAGAGCUCAUAGCUAAGUUCCUCCCAGAAGAACUGAAGGAACGAAGGAGGCUUUAUGAGGAAGAAAUGGAAGAGCUGUCCAACUUAAACAAGAAUGUGCCCAUUUUCGUGUGUACCAUGGCCUACCCCACCGUUCCCUGCCCACUGCACAUCUUUGAGCCUUGUUACCGUCUGAUGAUUCGUAGAUGCAUUGAGACAGGCACAAGACAGUUCGGCAUGUGCCUUGGAGAUCCCGUCAAAGGGUUUGCAGAAUAUGGCUGUAUCCUAGAGAUCAGAAAUGUUCAGUUCUUUGCCGAUGGCCGCUCAGUGGUUGACAGCAUAGGCAAGAGGCGCUUCAAGGUUCUCCACCAGGGCCAGCGGGAUGGUUACAACACAGCCGACAUUGAAUACAUUGAAGACCAAAAGGUUCAAGGAGAGGAUCGCGCUGAGCUCAUGGGAUUGCAUGACUGUGUCUAUGAGCAAGCGUCAUCGUGGUUUCAUUCGCUGAAGUCAUCACUGAAGAAUCGGAUUCUCAAUCACUUUGGCCCAAUGCCAGAGAAAGAUGCUGAUCCCCAGAUGAACCCGAACGGUCCAGCCUGGUGCUGGUGGACAUUAGCGGUUCUACCAUUAGAAAGCCGUGCUCAGCUCCCGUUCCUAGCGAUGAGGUCCUUGAAGGAUAGAUUGAAUGGUAUUCGGCGAGUCCUGGCCUUUAUAACCCGAAACCAAAACUAGUGAGUGUGAGUUGCUGAAGAGGAAAUUGCGCCCUCCCCACUGUCCUUCGGGGAGUCAUCUUGUAAAUAUAUCUAAUUGCAAUAACAUCUUAACAGAAGGAAGUAUCAAACAGAGGCAUUACUCUGCUAUUAUUCACAGAGAGCAAUUGAGUAGAAAGACCAAGAGAAUGGGACCUGUUUGAAACUUUCUGUCUUAAGAUGCUUCUUGACAUGCUGCACAACUACAUGCACAGCAGAGGUUGUUUAAGAGCCCAGAAGAAAAAAAAAUUCAUUUGAUUUUGACAUAAAAUUUUCUGAAAGUUUAAAGUGGUUUUGCUUUAAUUUCCUUUCUCUCAUAGAUGAAUGAUUGUGUGGUUGAAAUGUGAAGCAAAGACACUAAUAAUGUUGCUGCUUUAUUUCACUGACUUGAGGUCUCAUUCCAAUGGUUUAGGUUUUAUACAGCAUUGUGUAAAAAGUGUUCAUACUUCUUUCUGUUUUAAUAAUUUAUUUUUUGCACUACUGUAUCCUUUUUUCUACAUGGAUGUUUAUAACUAUUUAAGUGUAAAUAACUGGAAAGUCAGUUGCUUUAUUUAUUGAUGUGGCUUACCGUAUACCUAGGGGGAAGUAACAGUGCUCAAAAUGUGCAGUUUUUGCUUUAACUGUUUGUUUUUUUUUUUGACAUCUCAUUCUAGUUCUUGAGCUAUUUUUGUGUUUGUCCAAUUGGAUGUUUACCAAAGAAAUUCAGAAUCAUGCCGACAUAAACUAUGUCACAGAUUCCAUUUUGUUUUCACUUUGAAUUCAACCAUAUCAAAGUGAAAGGAUUUGGCUUAGAUUGCGGUAUGUGCCAGUGUAAAGUAAAAUAAUCAACUUUCAAUGUGCUGUCCAAAGGAAGACUAAAGAAAUUAUUUUUGGGGGAGGAAGAGAUGAGUCAAAGGAGUAUCUUUCUAUUUUUUAUUUCAAAGAAGUAUCUUUGACGGCAAUCUAGUAUGAGCACUUACUUCAGCCAUCUCUAAGUAUAUCUUAUUUCUCCCCCAUGCACUUAGGAAUGGGGUUUUUUAAUGCAGGCUAAAACCUAACCCUUUACUGGGGAUGGUUGUCAGUCAUAAGUUUCUCCACUUGCUAGAUGCGUUGCUUUGCAGAAGUGAUGUCACUCUUCCUAAGCCCCACUUCCCUCAUCUAGCCAACGCUAGUGAUAAAUACCACAUCUAGGUAUGUGAUAAAUGCUACAUGAGAUGAUAUGUGAUAUCUCUUACCUCUGUACCUAGUGCAUAGCAAACAUCACUAUUACUAGAUUGUUUAUAGUUACUGAAUAUCAUCAGGGACCUGCAUUUGCAGAAAACACUGCCUUUACACACAAUACCCUUUUAAACUUAAUACCCAACCCAGGCAGUUCCUUACUGGGUCAAGUCUAGGAAAAUGAAGACUAGGAAACAAGUAAAGGUCAGAGGUAAAGGUGAAUUCUGUGUCAGCACAUUUUUCCUAUUUCAGUGGGGCUAAAAAAAAAUAGUGUUAUUUGGAGAUCUUGAAUUUCCAUUUAGUAGCUCUAUUAGAGUAACCAACUCAUCACUCGCUGCUCUGUACAAUGAAUUGAGAGUCUCAGUCAUGUCAAGAACACAUUUUAUUGUCUGUGAUGUUUAAGCUUAAUCCAAGGCAUGUCUUUAUGCUGUCCCAACAAAAAGGUAUCCAGCAUUCACUAUGAACCAAGUACUGAGCCAGAUAUGUGAUUUCACAUACAAGAGCUCAUUAGUCAUUUAUUUCUCAUGUCAGCCCUCUGAAAAGCCAUCGCUAAUCAAUCUAAGUGGAAUGGGAAGUUUAGUUUUUAUUUUUAAGUCCACGCUGUAGAAUGCAUCACCUUGAUGACUGGUGAGCACCUCACUCCAGCAAGUGUAGACUUUGGUGUGGCAGAAUUGCAGUUGAUGCUCAGCAGCCCAGCUCCACAUUGAGAGUGUUUUAUAACAAGCUUUUGUUGCGGUAGUGCUAAGAUGCAAGAGCCAAGGCUAAGCUUUGGCUUUCUUUGGAAUGCACUUAAAUGGGGUAAUCAAUUGGACAUGAUCAUUUUCUGCACUUGUAAGUUGAUUUUGUUGCAAAAUGUAGGAAUGAAGAGUAUUCCGAGAAAGGACAAAAAGCUAAAUCUAGGUCAGAAGGACAAGACUUCCCCCUGGGUAGGUGGUGCCAUUUAUUUGGUUAGAUUUCCUGUCUAUUGCGACUGACCUAGUCUUUUUCUAGUAGGUUGUUUUCCUGGUAUGUGUAUGUGUAUGUGUAUGUGUAUGUAUGUGUUUGUAUAUGUAUAUGUAUAUAUGUAUAUAUGUGUGUGUGUGUAUGUUUAAUAGGUACCAAGCAGACAUUAUGCCUUUCUGCUUUGUACUGAACUACUGCUGCUAGCUAAUAACCAGCAACAUGUAGAAAGUGAAAAACAAUAGAACUAAUUUUCUGUAGACAACCUGGAGAAAAGAGUGUUUGCCCCUGAUUUCAGAGGGCAGAGAAUUGACUAUUUCAACAGUCUUUUCUGAAGACUGACAGCUUCUGACCCAGUGCUGAGGCAAAACAGGGCUGGUCAGCUCACUGCACAUGUGGCCCUGCCAGCGCUGCCUGUGGAGCUACUUGGGCUCAGAUAAUCCCCUGCGGCUGGCCAUUGGGCAGUGGCAUUCCUGAGCUUGGUUCGCAGCUUCCAAAGGUCUCUUACUGUCAAUAGAUUAAUUCUAUUGAUGGACUAGAAUCCACUGGGGACUGUUCCCCCCUGCCAACUCCAUUCCCAAGAUGGGACUUUGAUUCAUAGGACUCAUUCCUUGAGUUCACAACAUGUAGACUUUGCAUCCAUCUGUUUACCAAGGCAGAAUCAUAGUAGAAGACUGUAAUACGGAUGCAACCCAAAUGAUGGAAAAGGACAGAUACUCAGCUCA